AAAAGCCACAAAGGGUACAUAACGCAUAAGUAACAUAGAUUCUGCUUUCUGGUUUCUGCUUUCUCCAGAAAGAUGGUAACCCAAAGCGAAGGAUCAACAACAACAAGAAUGCGGAGAAGGAGAUUCCGUGGAUGCAGCAAGAAUGACUUCUUACCAGAAGAAUCAUUCCAAAGUUGGUCUAACUAUAUGUCUGCCCUUAAAGAGACUCCAGCAAGAUUCAUGAAUAGGCUUACGACACGGUCUCUAGAUGAUACAGAACUCAACCAAGUGAAGGCUGAAAGCAACCAUGAUAUGAAGAAAUCAUUAACUUGGUGGGAUCUUACUUGGUUUGGUAUUGGUGCUGUAAUUGGUGCUGGUAUCUUUGUACUUACUGGUCAAGAGGCUAAUCAAGAUGCUGGUCCUGCUGUUAUUUUAUCUUUUGCUGUUUCUGGUGUCUCUGCUAUGCUCUCUGUUUUAUGUUACACCGAGUUUGCUGUUGAGAUCCCUGUUGCAGGUGGUUCAUUCGCGUAUCUAAGGGUGGAGUUAGGAGAUUUCAUGGCCUUCAUCGCAGCAGGAAACAUUAUCCUGGAGUAUGUUAUUAGUGGAGCAGCAGUAGCACGUUCAUGGACAUCUUAUUUCGCCACCCUCUGCAAUCACAAACCAGAUGAUUUUCGUAUCAUUGCUCACAAUUUAAGUGCUAACUACAACCAUCUGGACCCAAUUGCAGUUGUAGUAAUUGGAAUAAUCUGUGUUGUUGCAGUCAUUAGCGUAAAAGGAUCUUCAAGGCUAAACUACUUUUCAUCAAUAGUCCACAUUUGUAUCAUCAUCUUCAUCGUUAUAGCAGGAUUAACUCAUGCUGAUACAAAUAACUUGGCACCUUUUACUCCCUUUGGACCUCGUGGUAUAUUUCAGGCUUCAGCUGUCCUUUUCUUUGCAUAUGUUGGGUUUGAUGCAGUAUCAACCAUGGCUGAAGAGACUAAGAAUCCUGGAAGAGAUAUUCCUAUUGGUUUGAUUGGUUCUAUGGCUAUUGUUACUAUUGCUUAUUGCUUGAUGUCUCUUACUCUCUGCCUCAUGCAACCCUACCAUCAAAUUGACAGGGAUGCUCCUUUUACUAUGGCGUUUGAGAAGGUAGGAAUGAGGUGGGCUAAGUAUCUAGUGGCGAUUGGGGCUCUAAAAGGCAUGACAACCGUGUUACUAGUGAGUGCCAUAGGCCAAGCUCGGUACUUAACUCACAUUGCUAGAACUCAUAUGAUGCCACCAUGGCUUGCUCAGGUAAGUGACAAGUCAGGCACACCUAAAAACGCUACCAUUGUUAUGAUGGUUGCUACAGCUGUAAUAGCCUUCUUCACAAACCUUGACAUCUUAUCUAACCUCCUAUCAAUCUCAACCUUAUUCAUCUUCAUGUUAGUAGCUUUAGCUUUAUUGGUACGAAGGUACUAUGCAAGUGGUAUAACAACAACAAAUGAUCGCAACAAGUUCAUCACUUUCGUAUCACUCAUUCUUGGCUCCUCAAUUGCAACAGCUGCUUACUGGGGAAUUACACAAACAGGUUGGAUAGCAUACACAAUUACAGGACCAGUUUGGUUUUUAUCCACAUUGGGAUUACAACUAUUUGUCCCACAAGCAAAAAAACCUAAACUAUGGGGUGUCCCAUUGGUUCCAUGGCUACCAUCUGCGUCUAUUGCAGUUAACAUCUUCCUUCUUGGCUCAAUUGACAAAGACUCCUUCAUUAGGUUUGCAAUAUGGACAUGCAUUCUAAUGGUCUAUUAUCUAUUCUUUGGCUUGCAUGCAUCGUAUGAUACUGCCAUGGAGAUGAGGAAGUUGAAUGCGCCAGAGAAUGCCAUGGAAUUAGGUAAACUUGAACAACAGAACACUCCUACUACUUCUAAUACUAACCAUGGAGAGGCACAAGGUAGCAGUGGGAAUAAUGACGAUUUAAGUUAGUUAUAGUUUCAAAUCGUACGUGUGUAUAUAAGUCACAAUAAGAGAUAAUAUUGUUUCCUAUUCAUUUUUUUUAGUUGUUUUCUUUUGUGAACCUCUAGUUUUCAUUUAGCUUUGAUGAUACCAAGACGAACAUAUUGUCUUGCUUUCCAUUUUCUCACUA